UUAUUUUUAUUAUUUAAGGAACCUCUUUUUUGCCUCUGUUCCGUUUCCAAAUCUCUUCCUUUUUAAUCAUCCCAAUUGACCAAACCUCUCUGCCUCUCCACUUUAGCUCACUUUCAGAUCGGAGCAGCUUCUCUCGAGCUUCAGCCAUGGAGGAAAAGGUAGUGCUUAUGAUGUUGAAAGUUGACCUCGAAUGCGAUCGUUGCUACAAGAAAGUCAAGAAAGUUCUUGCCAAAUUUCCCCAAAUUCGAGACCAGGUUUAUAAUGAGAAACAGGGCAUGGUGAUCAUCAAAGUUGUGUGCUGCACGCCUGAAAAAAUCAUGAAGAAAAUUUGUUCUAAAGGCGAUGGAUCCAUUAAAAGCAUCGAAAUCAAAGAGCCCGAAAAGAAGAAAGAAGAGAAGAAAGAAGAGAAAAAAGAAGAGAAGAAAGAAGAGAAGAAAAAAGAAGAGAAGAAAGAGGAGAAGAAAGAAGAGAAGAAAGAAGAGAAGAAGAAAGAGGAGAAGAAGAAAGAGGAGAAGAAAGAGGAGAAGAAAGAAGAGAAAAAGGAAGAGAAGAAGAAAGAAGAGAAGAAGGAAGAGAAAAAGGAAGGGGAAAAGCCGAAAGUGGUGGCGCAACCGGUCCAAGGCUAUCCGCCUCCGCCGUACUCUGUUCAUUGUAGUUCAUGUUUCCAGGGUCAGCCCUGUUACCAAUACCACGGCUACGGGAUACCGGCGGUGCCACCCUGCUAUGUCGGGAGGCCGAUUUACGACAGCUAUGGCGGUGGGUACGGCGGUGGAUACGGCGGCGGAAGGGGAUAUUAUGGUGGGCCUUCUUCUGAUUACUACAACCCAGAAAAUCCAACGGAGUGCUCUGUAAUGUGAAUCAAAUCCGGUAUGAGAUGAGACCCAUUUUCGUAAUUAUGAUCCUGACGGUAAAUUAUGAACAAGGUUGAAAAUUUGUGUCAUUUCUGUUCUUUUGUGUUGAAAAUUAGAAGCGUUUCUUUUAAGAAAAAAAUAAAAGAGGGGGAAGUGAAAUCUGAAGUGGAAUGGAAUGGAAGGAAGGAUUACUUUUGUU